UUCGCGGCCACGGCGACAUUAUUUUAAUGGGCGCGAGGACGCUCUUCUAGGUACAUGCAUGCAAAUGAAAAAGGAAAGGCUGGUCAAUAGGUCAUGAUCAUCAUCAAGUUAACACGUGCGUAGCAAUCGCAGUUCUGGUUCUGGCGCGGAGAUGAGAAUUUCAGCAAACAUCUUGAAAAACUUCGCUGCAAUAACGAGCUUGGUAAGAAUAGCCAAUACCGUCUUUCAAAGGAGAUGUUCAUAACAUCCAUCCAUUUGAGAGACUGGGAGCUACGCUCCGGACGCUACUCCGCGUUAUCACGAAAUCUAGCAGGCGGCCCACGUUGCUGUUGUGGCUUGGGCAGCUUGGGUCCCUCGCUGGCUGUUUCUUGUCAACAUGGGGCGGCGGCGUAUCGUGAGAACGCCGUCCGAGGAGCGCGAGCACAAGCUGAGACGUAAGGAAAUGAGGCGGGAGCGCAUACGCGCCCAGACGGACGAAGAACGCGCGAUCGCCCGAGCGAAGCACGCCGCACUUCAACGCCGAAGGCGACAAAACGCGGCGCUGCGGGAACGCGAAGCCGCGGAGAGGCGACGGCGACGGGAGGACCCCGAAGUUCGGCAGCUGGAAGCGGCCAAACACCGUGCCCGCCGCGAAAUCGAGGCAGUGCGACUACGCGAGGCUGAAGCGAGACGACAGCACCGACAGAAGGAUGCGGAGGCGCACCGCGCACGGCGACGUCAGGAUGUGGCGCUGCGUCGUCGCGAAGCCGAGGCGAGGCGACAGCGCCGACAAAACCCCGAAGUACGCCAGCUCGAAGCGGCCAAGCAUCGGCUGCGACGCCAAGAUGCGGCGGUACGUCAACGAGAGACGGAGGCCCGACGGCGUCACCGCCAAAGAGCGGCACUUCGGCAGCGUGCGGCACUUCAGAAAGAAGAGUGUGUGUGCGACGUGUGCUUUCGUCCUGCCGAGCUAUCGCCUAUCCGAAUGUCUCACGUGCCUAUGCUCACCGCCGAGUAUCCGAGCGAAGACGUGCCUUCCUUUAUGCUGUGCCCUUCAUGCCAAGGCGCCCUGCGGAUGGGUGCAAUUCCUCCGCUUCCCAGGAGUAACAGUUACGCGUAUCCUGCUAAUCCGACGGGGUUGUGUGAAUACCACUCGCUGUGCAGUAGUGAUUAUGAAGACUCGCAGAGCUUGCAGAGGCUUGCCAGAAGAGCCAACUCCAAAAGAAACACUCAAGAAGGCAAGGUUGACUGCUGCUUGCAGACAGAUGGCACUGGAAAGAUCGAUUGUUUCAUGCAGACUGAAGAUGCUGCAAAGAUAACUUUUGAAGUGCCAUCCAAAAAAUUCCUGAAGGUCGCUGAAGUGCAGACUGAUGAAAGUCCAUGGCUACAGUACCCUGAGUCCACCUCUGAGGAUUAUGAGUGUGAAAGUAAAUAUCUGCUUGGUCGCAAAGUGGGAGUGAAAAUUAUCUGCAUCAACGAAGAGGGCUGCACACUUUGAUGACAGGCAAGGCAUCCUAUGUAGAGCCACUUCUCCGAUGAUGACAGGACCAAUGCUUGCGAGUGACUGUUCACGCGUGACAUCUGCCAGAAGGACACUUUUUUUGUAGACAAAGCUUUGACGGCACACCUAAAGGUCACACGCUACAGAAAAGCCUCGCAAGUGUCCAGACUGUGCCAGGAGCUUUGCUUCACGAUCUCUCAAUGCAUGUCAUCAUUAGCUACAAUUACGAAGCAGUUACACAACUCUGCUGCAUGAAGAGAACUUCACAUGCAAGACCGACCUCACCGAGCAUGUGAUGAAGCACUCGGAUGAGGCAUCGCAUGCUUCCUUCAUGUUCAGAAAAAGAGUUCACGCAACACAGCAGCAUGAAGUUGCGUAAAAGCAUCGUGCAGUGACCAGUACCCUCUGCACUGUCCAAUCUGCUAGAAAGGAUGCUGGGCCGAGGUCUGGGCUAGGUGCAACUGACAACCCACGAGCGGCUGUCUUAACAGGGAAGCUCCACGUACAACAAGAAGUGAAAAGGUCGUUGUUGAAGUCGUCAGGGACGAGCGAGAAGGCAGGAGGCCGAGUUACGUGGACACACGUUUAUUCCAAAGUGAAUUCUAGCCUAGGCCAAGCCACGCCCCACCGCACCUUGAGCACACGCUGUCACGAGCUUCGCCUGGCUUUUCCUAGAUGGCAGCAUCUACAACAUCUCCCAAUGCAAUCAAGCGAAGUCCGCUGCAGCAGGCGGCUUCACGCACCUGCCACUUCUGGUAUGCCCGUGGGAAGUGUCCUGGCAACACGAAUGAGUGUCUCAUUGUGCUCAUAGCUGUUGGAACCCCAGAUGGGGAUGUCGUCCAUGUGACAGACAACUCGACUGAUGCCUUGUAAAAUGUACGCCAUCUGCUUCUGGAAGUGUUCAGGAGCUGACACAAUGCCAAAUCGUAGUCGGUUGAAGUAGAAGUGCCCAAAAGAUGAGAUGAAAGUGGUGAGUUUCCUUGAUUCUUCACAAAGUGGAAUUUGCCGAAAUCCAGAGUUGGCAUCGAGUCUGGAGAAUACCUUAGCUCCAUGAAGAAGUCCGAGCACGUGCUCCACGGAAGGAAUAGGAUGCCAUUUUCUGAGAACGUGGCGGUUCAGCUCUGUGAAGUCGACGCAUAUUUUCACGUCUCCGGAGGGCUUUGGGACGACUACCAUCGGUACACAUUACUCGGUCGGCUCAUCAACAGCUGAUAUGACACCGAGUUCCUGGAUCCUUUGAGGUUCCAACUUUGUCUUCUGGUACAAUGGAAUUGGGAUGCGCCUCGGGGAGCUGAGUGCGAAAGCUUUUGCUCCUGGUUGAAGCUGAAUCCUGUGUUCUUUGAGCGGCUUGCCGAGUCCUUGGAACACCGCUGGAAAUUCUUCUUUCGGGUUCACUUUGUCGGCAACGGCGUUUACGCAGGUCAGCAUAUGUAGCUUCUUGAUGGCUGGCUUGCCUAGCAUCGGACUGCAGAUCUGAUCUAGGACGUAUAUAUCCUGAGUAGUCACGUGGUGGCAUUAGAUGAGUAGGAGUUGCACCACUCCUGCGUCUGGAAGAUGCUUUCUAUCUGGGCCAUACAGCUGAUGAAGAGGAGCUAAGAGAAGCGGCCUGUCCUUGAGCGUCUGGAAUACGUGCGUCGGGAGGAUGGUUUCGUCGGCACCAGUGUCAAUUUUGAAGUCUACUGGCUGGCCUUGAACCAAGAUUGUUGCUUCCCAGUUUCCAGCAUCUGCUGUCUUGACUGCUCCAAGGAAUCCUGCUUCUAAAGUUGCGUGCUCAGUUUCAACACAAUCGAGGCGUCGCGACAUGCACAUGGAGGCAUAGUGACCUUUCCUCCAGCAAUUCCUGCAGACUUCCGAGCGUGCUAGGCAGAGAGUGCGAGAGUGACACUCUUGACCACACCAACGGCAAGGUUUCUGCUCUCUGUUUUUACCGGAGGGUGAAGAUGGUUUGCUUGCCCCGCGUGGAUAACUGCCGCUUUUGUCUUGCAUUGAAGCACGCCGACUGGUCUGCGCACCGGAUGCAACUUUCUUCAAAAAUGGCACUUCCUGGUGGAGCUCCGCUUGUUGCUGAUGGACACUCUCGAUCUGGCGGACGGAAUCGAGAGCCUUUUGUAGUGUGAGCUCUGCGUCGAGCUGUAACCUGGCGGAUAGCUGCUUGUCUUUUAUCCAAACCACAAGGCGGUCGCACACGAACUCUUCUCGAAGAGCACCGAACUCGCAAUCUUUCAAAAGCGUGUGAAGCACAGUGACGAAAUCUUCGGCCGACUCACCAUCUUGCUGCACUCUGGUGUUGAAUCUGGCUCGUUCGAAGAUUACGUUACGUCGCGGAAUAAAACACUUGUCGAACUGCUCCACGACGACGUCAUAUUUCUUGGAGUUCUCUUCAGAUAAAGUGAAGGUGGCGUAGAUUUCCUCGCCUUGCUCACCCAUGAUGUAGAGUAGGGCAUCUACUUGAUGUUGCUCGGGCUUCACGCACAAGCCUGAAGAUGUUCGGAAACGUUCAAAACACUGUUUCCACUUCGACUACUCAUUCGGCGACGAAAAAUUGAAGGCGUCCGGUGGUUGAAUAACGAAUGACGCCAUGGCCUAGAACGUUAGAAGGUCACUCCGCUUGAGUUCCGAGAGUAUGCGCAUAGGGAGCAGCUCACCGGCACUUUUUUGCUUGCGGCGUCCUUCGCAAGGAUGAUGACUAGAAGACGAUGUCCACUGGUAGCACCUGUUCUUCUGACACCAGGUUGAAGUCGUCAGGGAUGAGCGAGAAGGCAGGAGGCUGAGUUACGUGGACACGCUUAUUCCAAAGCGCGUUCUAGCCUAGGCCAAGCCACGCCCCACCGCACCUCAAGCACAUGCUGUCACGAGCUUCACCUGGCUUUUCCUAGAUGGCAGCAUCUACAACAGUCAUGAUCAUGGAAGUUGCAAGAAACAAAAACUUGACAAGUGGAGCAAUAAGUGAGAGCGAGAGAUGCAGGAGAAGCAAGUGUCGCUGACCAGGAAUAUGCUGAACUUCAGCAGUGAAGGGAGACACCUAGUGUAAAGAACUGGCCAUGUAGGGUGGCUGGAAGGACAUGGGAAUAAAUUAUUGAUAGGC